GCCACAACCGAAAGGGCUGGCUGCAUCUGCUUUCCCAGAUACAGCUUGUGUUCUCUGCAGUGACUAACACUGCAUCAACACAAAAAGCCUUAUCUCUGAGUCACCUGCAUUGCCAUCCAUAGCUGCAUUAGCAGCAUGAGCCUCAUUCACACUUGCAUUCACACAGCCUCAUUUACAGCGUGUACACAUUUCCAGAGCUAAAUUUGUAAACACGUUCACAUCCACAGCAACGGUUUGCAACCAUUCAUUUCCACUGCUAUACCCACAUUGACACGUUCACAUACCGUGUUGUGCAUUCACAUCAAUAGCUAUACCCACAUUCACAUCAAUAGCUAUAUCCACAUUCAAAUCAAUAGCUACACCCACAUUCACAUCAAUAGCUAUUCACAUCAAUAGCUACACCCACAUUAACAUCAAUAGCUACACCCACAUUAACAUCAAUAGCUACACCCACAUUAACAUCAAUAGCUAUAUGCCAAAUGUCACACCCAAAAAAUAAAAUCUCUAGCUACUCGCGUUCACGCUCAAAUUCACAUCCAUAGCUGCACCCGUACCCACUUUCAAAGUCACAUCAUUGACCGCUCUAUUCAAAUCUCAUAACUACAUCCAUAGCUGCACCCGUACUCACUUUCAUAGUCACAUCAUUGACCGCUCUAUUCAAAUCUCAUAACUACAUCCAUAGCUGCACCCGUACUCACUUUCAUAGUCACAUCAUUGACCGCUCUAUUCAAAUCUCAUAACUACAUCCAUAGCUGCACCCGUACCCACUUUCAUAGUCACAUCAUUGACCGCUCUAUUCAAAUCUCAUAACUACAUCCAUAGCUGCACCCGUACCCACGUUCAUAGUCACAUCAUUGACCGCUCUAUUCAAAUCUCAUAACUACAUCCAUAGCUGCACCCGUACCCACUUUCAUAGUCACAUCAUUGACCGCUCUAUUCAAAUCUCAUAACUACAUCCAUAGCUAUACCCGUACCCACUUUCCUCGUCACAUCAUUGACCGCUCUAUUCAAAUCUCAUAACUACAUCCAUAGCUGCACCCGUACCCACUUUCAUAGUCACAUCAUUGACCGCUAUAUUCAAAUCUCAUAACUACAUCCAUAGCUGCACCCGUACCCACUUUCAUAGUCACAUCAUUGACCGCUAUAUUCAAAUCUCAUAACUACAUCCAUAGCUAAACAAAACAUUUUAUUCACAAUCAUAUCUACACCCACAAACACUUGCUUCCACAUUCACUCCUAUAUUCCCACAUUGAUAUCCAUAGACAACAUUUUCUCCCAUAUAGCCAUUCACACGCACAGUGACAGCCGUAGUGGUGCCCACAUUCACUUAUUCCUACAUUCACUUUCGCGCGCGCACACAUUGACAGCCACAGAAUUUACGUUGUCACACGGCACACAUCCAUAACUAAACAACACGUUCACUCCCACCUUCUCUUCCGUGGCUACACCGCAUUCACAGUCGCACGCACAGUGACAACCCAGAGCAACAUUCACACGCACAGUGACAUCCGUAGAUAGCUACACCCACAUUCACUCUCUCCCACAUUCGCAGCCACAGCCACUGUGGCCGAUGGAGCGAGCAGGUCGUGCGGGUGGUGCGGCAUCCACGCGGCAUCAUCCAUGCGACAGCAGCAGCACGCGGAGGAGCAGCAGCAGCAGCAGCAGGAGUCUCUUCUUGUCGGAGAGGGGGCACAGAAUCAUGAGCUACACGGGCAUCCUGCAGGAUGGCUUCUCCAUGUACUCGGCCAACAAAUUCGACGAGGCUCGCAACCCGGAGGGAAUCAUUAAUUUGGGAACAAGCGAAAACAAGCUGUCUGUGGACUUGAUGGCCACACGGCUGGGUCAGCCUGAUAUGUACCACGUGGACCCCGUGACGCUGUGCUAUGGGGACUGGCGAGGACACGCAUUUUUGAAGAAAGAAAUGGCUCGUUUCCUAACCGAUUACUGCAAGGCACCCAGGCCCCUUGACUCAGAAAAUGUGGUAGUGGUUAAUGGCUGCGGUUCUCUCUUCACUGCUCUAUCAGCGGUGCUCUGUGACCCUGGAGACGGCAUCCUCAUCCCCACCCCGUACUACGGCAUCAUUGAUGAAGACAUCCGUCACUACUCGGGCGUCCGGACUGUGCACGUGCCCCUGAGCGGCGUGCCGUCUGAAGAUGAGACUCAUCCCUUCCAGCUCACGGUGCCAAAACUCGAGACUGCGUUGGAAGCUGCUAAAAAGGAGGGCAUGCGCAUCAGGGCAGUUAUUCUCAUCAACCCCAACAACCCCCUGGGCGACAUCUACCCGGCCGACGCUCUGCUCAGUUAUCUGGAGUUUGCCAAGAGACACGAGCUGCAUGUGAUCAUGGAUGAGAUAUACAUGCUCACCAUCUUCAUCAAGGGACCCAAGUUCACCAGUGUCCUCAGCUUUGACCGUCUUCCUGACCCGGACCGCACGCACGUGAUGUGGAGCCUCAGCAAGGACUUUGCCGCAUCGGGGCUGCGUGUGGGCGUGCUCUACACGGAGAAUCGCGACGUGAUCCGUGCCCUGGGCAAGGUGGCAUACGUGCAUGGCGUGCCAGGUCCGCUGCAGUACUCCGUGUCGCAGAUUCUCCGGGACCGAGAGUGGAUUGACCGUGUGUUCCUGCCCACGAAUCACGAGCGCCUGCGGAAGGCCCACCGCUACAUGACGGACCGCCUCCGAGCAAUGGGGGUGCCAUAUUUGGAGCGAGCGUCGGGCCUCUACGUCUGGGCUGAUUUCCGGCAGUUCCUGCAAAGUGACACGUUCGUGGCGGAGAAGGAUAUGUGGAUUGCUCUGAUCAAAUCCAAAGUGCUCAUCAGCCCGGGACAGGCGUUCUACUGCCCCGAGCCCGGCUGGGUGCGCCUCGUUUUUGCCGAGUCCAUGACUCGACUCAAGCUCGGUAUGGAUAGGCUGGAAAGUGCUUUACCAAAGCUCAAGUUGCUUACCAACUCUGCCCAAACAUCGAAAGGCGACCAACCAAACGCUUCCUCAGCCCUGCCCUCCGACUCCCUGGAGGACUUGAUUGGUCUGUUGCGGAAGCAGAUCCACUCGUCUGAUUGGCUGGAGCAGAACAAGGCGGAGCACUUUGCCAAGAGCAACCCGGAGGUUUACGAGAGCUUCCAACAGCUGCUCAAGAAGUGAUAACGUGAGGCCUCUGGAUCAAUUUUAGUAGAUCUAAUUUAGACACCUUGGGUUCGUUGAAGAUGGUUCAAUGCUAAUUUUAAAGGGAUGAUUUCAGAGAGAGUGUUCAGGGUGGGAUCACGAUCAGAAAUCUAUUUAGUUUCUUGAGAUCUCUGAAAAUAUAAACCAUAAUGAUGAAUUGGUUACCAUGUUGAGGUAAUAAAGCAGCAAAUUCUGAGGUUCUGGAGUAGAGCAAUACAUGAAAAAAAAAUUUGAUGUCCCUAACCCCCCCCCCCCCCCUCCACUGCUGCAAUGUGGCUGCAAUUCUAUCACAGGCCUGGUCUGAACGUGACCAUAAAUAUUGUGGCUAUACAUUUGGAAUAGGCUUACAUUUUGCUCAUGGUUAGCUGUAAACUCACCAGAAUGGGCAGGGUGGAUUUUGUUGUUCCCUGGAUUGCAUCUUUUUUGAGCCGUUUCUGUCUGAGUCCAGAGCCCAAAGUAAAAAAAAAUGACACCAGUUUCAUUCUGGUUAUCACCAAUAUAUAUUAAAACGAGGUAGAAUUAUAUUCGCAGUAUACUAUGUUCACUCAAUACUUGCCAACAGCCAUUUCAGGUUGCCCGGAAGCUGUUCGUAGCCAAAUUUUCCACGUGUGUUGUGUUUAUGCUGAUGCCUUCUCUAUGGCAGAGAUUCUUUGCUUGAAGUUGGUGCAUAUACUUAUUAGUUUCUUUUGAUUUCCAUACAUCAUGUUAAUAUCAAAAGUGUCCCAUUUAGAUGGGUGACCCUACUAAUACAGUCACAAAUGUCAAGCUAUGGUUCUGAGGUAUCCAUAGUCAUAGAGGCACACAGGUAUGUAAUAUUUAAAAUAAAUGCUUAAGCCCACGAUAGAUGAUACAGAUCAAACAUAUGAAUCGAUGUUUUUCAUUUGUCUUAUAAUGAAUUCACAUGACCCCUGCAGCCACUCGUUGCAGCUUUGACCAUUAAAAAAUAUUUAUCCUAGACUUGUGACUAACUUGUGACAGUUCAUCUACAUCUGUAGACACGUGCAAUUCAUAACAUGUGGCCAAAUAUGAAGAGAGCUUGACUCUUGAAACGGUUUAAGUGCAAAAUACUUAUUGAGUUCUGUAUUUCCAUCCUGACCGUCCUUUAUAGUUCGACACGAUAUUGUGAAUUGCUGGGCAUUCAGUCACCUUCACCAGUCAUUCUUCGGAGCCUGAAACAGCAUUUAGGCUGAUGCUGCUGCUAUUUCUGCAGUCGUGUCAUUUUUAAAUUGAUAUUCUGACUCCUGGUCCUGUCGUUUCUUGCAACGGCUUUACUUAGAUUAGUUCGUGCUACCGUAUAUGCGGAGUGAAUUUGGACGAAAAGGUGCCAAACAUGAGAUUAAACACGUGCAGCCCGAUUUGCACCCAGGUGGAAUGGAAUCAUAAUUUGUAUUUGCAUUUGGCAACGAUGUCCAAUCAGACUUCACCAUGGCUAUUGUUAAAUUCAGACUUACAAUGGGUUCUUCACACUAAGGUGGUCGGGGGCCAGAGUAAAGAAAAUUAUAUUAAGAUUUGCUGUAAAUCUGGCAGGUAUGAGUCGUAUGAUCAUAAACAUCAUUGGAGAAAAGGGAUCUUAAGUCAAAGUAAAUUGUGGGUAUCAUGGUGAGAUUGUAACUGUUGUGGGAGUGGUGGCUUGGGAUUAUGUCAUCACUCCCACGACUGCCAGAUUUUUUACGCACUUCCCCAUUAUCACAGUUGGCUACAUACGGUGCGAAACAAGUUCAACUUGCAUACCAAUCAUGUCAGAAAGACAUGUAAGCAUCCAGGCGUUUUAAGCCAGCCUGUAGCUAAGGUAUUUUAAUCAUGUUGCUUAUAUGAAUGAUGAAAAUAAUUAUUGCUAGAUAUUACAAUUUUCAUAAUGAUCAGUUGUGAUUGACUUACAAGUGGCCCACUCGUUUACUCGGAAUUACACAUCUUAUCGUAAACCGACACUGUUACAAAGUGAUGUUAUCGUCGACUCUGGCCCCAGAACUUUAAACUGAGGGAGUGCUGCUGGCCAGCUCUUCGGGGCGCACGUCUGUAUACUGAUAGUCGCUUGUGUGAUGAUAUGACAGUUGCCAUGCGAUGAGUUUGAUGACAUUUGUUUUGCUCCGACAGCAAGUCAGAGGAAAUUGAAAGAGGAUGAUGCUAUGGUCGCGGUGCUCGUUUCCUUGCGGUGUUUUUCGUUGUGAGUUUUGUGACGCUUGAAUGGUAUUAUUGCCAGUGUGUUUCCACCAUUGUUCGUUGUCUUUGUAGAUGUGUCCUUAACCCCAGUGUCGUUGCAGUACUUGAAAUAUAUUCCUGACAUUGGUAUUUUCAACAUUGACAUUCCAAUAUAACUGUUUAAUGUUUGUCCCUUUCGGGGUUGCGGGAUGUGUGCGUGCUGUUUGCUCGUUAUAUGCCAUUUCUCUUGGAAGUGAUGUUGAAUGAGAUUUUUCGUGAACCUACAAUUAUAAUAUAAAAACCAACCCAUCUAAAUGUAAGGUGUUCUGUAUGAAAAUUGUCUUUUAAAAGGCCAGUAGUUUAUUUGAACAGUUACAUUUUAUUUUUAAAUAACGGUGUAUGAUGGUGAUUUUCACAUUUCAAAGCAAAAUGGUUUUGCCAGUCUGAGAUCUCUGGAGUGUGCAUAUAGUGUACGUGUUAUUAUUACAUGCAUUGUCUUGAUUAAAGCACAUUGUCUUGUGAUAUUCAAUUUGUUUUGAAGCUGUGCCAUGCACUAUAAUUAAAACACCAUUUAGCA